GGAUUCAAGAAUGGCUGAGGGCAUCUCAGCGCAACCAUCUUAUACGAAAAUAUACCAUCUUCCAGUCUCGACUCGAGAGCGAGGUGUUUCCAGAGACCACACGAUGACCGCCAUCAAGUUGCCACGGCACGGCAAGCCGCCAGUUCUGCUAAAGUUGCGGUCUUCCGCGGGCCUAAUCGUUACCUGUUGUUCCUUUGCUGUCUUCACCGAUAUCUUCUUGUACGCCGUCAUCGUCCCUAUAAUGCCCUUCUCGCUGGAGAGGCAAGUCGGCCUCGAGGCAGACAGAGUGCAAUAUUGGGUGUCAAUAUCACUUGCCGUCUAUGGGGCAGCACUCUUGAUAUUUUCCCCGAUAUGGGGCUACAUUGCCGACCGCAUCGGGAACCGUCGACUGCCCAUGCUCACCGGUCUCAUCAUGUUAACCGCAGCAACCGUAAUACUCUGUUUGAGUAAGACACUCGCCAUGUUCAUGGUCGGCCGCGCCUUGCAGGGAAUCUCUGCAUCACUAACCUGGACUGUCGGUCUGGCCCUCGUCAUUGACUCCGUGGAUAGCAACGACGUCGGCAAGGCCACGGGGUGGGUCGGCAUGUCGGCGAGUCUCGGUAUCCUGACGGCACCGCUGCUUGGCGGUGUUGUGUACGCAAAAGGGGGGUACUAUCCAGUGUUUGCGAUGUGCUUCGGCCUGUUGGUGGUAGAUAUUGUGCUACGUCUCGUCAUCAUCGAGGUCAAGGAGGCCAAGCGAUGGCUAGAUCAACCUUCCAACCUGCCGUCUGAGGAUCCCGAAGUUAAUCGCGAGGGCACUUUAGCAACACCAGGACCCGAGAAAGAUGCAGAGAAUACACAGUCCGAAGUACCUGUAUCGCCAAAAGAAACAUCACGUACUUCUCACUCUCCUAUUGGGACCCUGAUCAAGCUCCUGCGUCAGCCACGCCUGUUAGCCGCGCUCUGGGGAACCCUUGUCCAGGCCAUCAUCCAGACAUCAUUCGACAGCACCCUCCCGCUACUCGUUUCUGAUAUUUUUGGCUGGGACUCGAUCGGCAGCGGACUCGUCUUUCUUCCCGUCAUCCUCCCCAGCUUUGGCUCCCCGCUCGUGGGUGCGUUAUGCGACAAAUACGGCUCCAAGUGGCUGGCCACGUUCGGCUUCUUCUUUGCGACACCGUUCCUCAUCUGCCUACGGUUCGUCUCAGAGAACAGCAUGGCCCAGAAGGUCAUGCUGUGCGGCCUCCUUGUCGGGAUCGGCAUCGCCAUGGCGUGUGUCUUUGGGCCGUUGAUGGCCGAGAUCAACUGGGCCGUCCAGGGUGACGAGGAGGACUCGGAUGAGGUUCCAGUGGCUCAGGCGUAUGGGCUGUACAACAUGGCCUUCUCGGGCGGUACGAUGCUGGGCCCUAUCAUGGGUGGAUUGAUCAGGGACACGGCUGGGUGGGGAACGGUGGGUUGGAGUCUAGGUCUGGUCUCGUUUGUAUCGGCCAUUCCACAGUUGAUUUGGACAGGGAGGCCUUUGGGAGUGAAGUUCCAGACUGGAUCACGAUCAUAGGCAGAUUAGUAUGCGCGGUCAAAGGAAUCCCAGCUUCGAGACAUCAUUAGGAUUGAACCGCAAAUAAAAUACAAUAGGAGGUAUACAUACCUGGGAGUAUUAUGAUCAAAUAUCCUUUCCUAAACUUGUUAUUAGGAGGUAUAUGGACUGCAAAAUAAGUCUUAGAAAAUGACCUCUUGGAUUCUCCUCCAUGUUCGACUA